AUGGGAUUGAAAAAUAAAGAUAGUACAAUAAGUGAAAGAAUAAUAGGAUGUUAUUCAAAUAUAUUAGAUAUUGCAUCUGUGAUCAGUAUAUGUAUUGAAUAUUCAAGAUAUUCUACUAUUUUCACAAUGUAUAGGUCAUUAGGGAAAAAGACAAUUGAAGCAUUUCGCAUUGUUUCACAUAACAUUCUCAAACAUGGAAUCACACCAACAAGUUUAAUUGAAGAAAGCAUGAAGAACAAUAUUGAAAUGCUUAUCACAAAUGCAGAGCGAUGUAAUGCAGAAGGAGAUGAUAAAGAAAUAAUUAAGAUAGUAUUUAAUAAUACAUAUGGAAUGACAUUAAUUGAAGCAGGAAUUAUUAUUUGUAAAGACAAAACAAUAGAUGUGUUGAGAGAUAUUGGAGAGAAGAAAGAAGUUAUUGAAGGAUUAAUAGAAAUAAUGAAAAGUCCAAUCACAGAAGUUAAAGAAAGUGCAGCACGAGAAGUGAUUAGAAUGAAAUAUGGAGAACGAGGAAUGAAAGAAGCUAUAUUUAAUGUUUUAACAUCAAAAGAUUACAAUAAAGAAGAUGAAGAAAUGUGUAAUGAAGGAAUUAAAGAAUGUGAUAAAGAAAGAAGUGGAAAAUAG